GCAGUCAACAGUUUCAAGCAUGGCAGGAGUAGAUGGAGAAAAGAAACCGGUAUUGGAGAUGGUACAGGCAGAUGGAGCAGAUGAAGGCUGUGUGACAUUUGUUCUACAUGAGGAGGACCACACUCUGGGGAACUCUCUACGCUACAUGGUUAUGAAGAACUUGGAUGUGGAUUUCUGUGGCUACAGCAUCACUCAUCCCUCCGAGAGCAAGAUCAACUUCCGAAUCCAGACUCGAGGUGCUGUCCCAGCAGUGGAGCCUCUGAGGAGAGGUUUGACUGAGCUGACAGACCUCUGUCAACAUGUCCUCAACACCUUUGAGAAGAGGGUGAGUGAGUUCAGGUCCCAGUGUGAGGAGGCAGAGUGAGGAGUCCAGUGGGAGCAGACGGGACACAUACAGCCUCAUAUCUGUCUUGGGUCCUGACAUUGUAUAUUGUUUACAGUUCAACCAUGAAAGUGAUUUGUUUUCCCUCAUGUGCAACAUCUUGUUUUAUUAUUAUGGGAUGAGUUAAUGUCGUCAUGACAUCGUGUUUGUUUGUCUAAACUUAAGUAAAGGAUUUUGCAGGAGCUUUG